ACAAAGCCAGCUCUUGGUCUUGCUACUGAGGACUGUCCAAUGGGGGAUGGGGAUUGAAGACGGAGCACGGGGCUUUGCGACCGCCAUGCUGGAGCGACUCGCAUGUAGUGGGCAUGGUAUGGGAUAGGCGUUCUCUGCGCUAUUAUACUGCAACGUUUAGACGGAUCAUAUAAAUAGGGAGAAAGUACGUGGAGCCAUCGGUUGUGGCUUUUGAGAUCCCUGUGCGUCAUCAAUUCACCCAAGCAGCGCUAGCACGGUUGCAGCUUCCACAGCUCCAGCACACGUCACGGCUAGACCUCAUCACUCACAACGAACAAUGCCUCCGUAAAUUGUAGCCAUGGACGCGUUCGACGCGCCCUCCGCACAACUGCACCUCGAAAUUCGCGAUCAGGUCGUCCGGUCUCUCGCGACGCGCCGCCCGAUCCUCCACCACCUAAACGCUGACACGAGCUGGCUUCUUCAGAUCCCGCGCCCCGCCUCCGCGAUCAAGCACGGCAGCCGCAUCUACUACAACAUCCUGAUCGAUCCCUGGCUCCAGGGACCGCAAUCAGACGUCGCGCGCUGGUUUUCGCAGCAAUGGCAUGCCACCGAGAGCGCGCUCCAAAGCAUUGCCGAGGUGGAGGAGCUGGCGCGGCAGAUUGAGAUCCUUGCUGGAGGUUUACGACUGGGGAGAGGGAGGAUAACGAAUCUGCAGGCUGGCGCGGAUAUUGAGACGUUUGUUGAUGCGGUGGCCAUAUCGCAUGAGUUUACCGAUCAUUGCCACAAGGAGACACUGUUGGAGAUACACCCUGAUGUGCCGGUCUUUGCGACUGAGCAAGCCGCGAAGCUAAUAUCUAGCUUUAAGCACUUUCGCUCCGUAACCACAACCCCAACCUUGUCCUCGAAAGCCCCCGAUUGGCACGACUAUUCGCUCCUACCUCUACCCUCAUGGCUUAGCAUAUCACGCCUCACGGCGGCGCAUGACUCCCUAUACUAUCACUCGGCGCUUCUCAUAACGUUCGCAACGCAUCCCUUUCUCCCCACAACGCCGAAGAAACGCUCCUCACUAUCGAUAUACGGCGACGAAGAGCCUUCGACAACGGGCAUUGAGGCAGCAGAAUGUGUCAUCUAUACGCCGCAUGGGAUACCAUAUACAGCACUUACUCCCAUCGCUGAAGCUGACCCGCCGCUGCAUACUCUGGCCUUUCUUCACGGGCUCCACGACGUCUCAAUUUCCUCUGCACAGCAGCUGAAUCUCGGCGCGAAGAAUGGACUCCUGGCACAGCGGAUACUACGCGCAAAGUACUGGGUGGGCACGCAUGACGAAGUAAAGAAAGGGGGCGGCUUGGUAGCUUGGUUCUUACGCCGCAAGAUCUGGACCAUAGAAGAUGCGCUAAAAGAAGCUAGGGCCGACGUAGAUGGUGAAGACGAAUUUGAGGACGUGAGGUUUGAAGAGGUGAGCAACGGCGAGAGCAGGAUUCUUGAGUAAUUUCGAAUCGAGCGUAAUCGACUGAGAUACCCAGGGGCUCCGAAGCGAGGAGCAUUGAGUCCGCUCUGUUGAAGAGCGCAUACGCAUAUUUA